GCAAGUCCUUCGUUACCUCGCACUAUGGAUGGAGCAUCUUCUUCAUCUGUUUUAUCUCCAUAUAUAGUAUCAACUACCUUAACACGACGAGGUCGAGGAUUAGCCCGAGGGAUAAAGGAAUGGGGUACAGGCACUAAGAUCCAAGUAAAAUUUGAUGAUAAGUUUCAGCCAGUGGAUGAUGAUGGCAAAAAGUUGAAAGGACAAUUAGGGUUGAUCGUGCGCAGCGGGCAUAGAGUCCCACUUGCAUAUCUCAGUUGGAAUGUGAUGCAUGUUGAUGUAAAGGAGAAUAUUUGGCAAGAGGUGAAGGACAACUUGGUAUACUGUCCAGAUGAAUUCAAGGAGGUUUGCAUGCGACUUUGUAGGACAUCGUGGAAAGAUCAUAAAAGCAAGACAAAGUCCAAGUAUUGGGUUCCAUUCAAGAAUGAUCCGGACAUUGCUUCUAGAGUACCUAGUAACAUAGUGCCAAUCCAGUGGAGGAAACUUGUACAAUAUUGGGCGAGUAAAGAAGUGCAGGCGAUUGCUAAGAAGAAUUCUUCUAAUCGGGGAUUUCGUGGGCCUCCACAUACGACCGGAAGGACAUCUUUCUCAGAUAUUCGUUUCAAUAUGACACAUAAAGGAGAGCGAAUAGAUAAGAUGAGUCUCUGGAAGAGGGCACACAACCUGAAUGAUCCUGAUGUGGUAGCAAUUGUGGAGGAAUAUAAUGCGCAUCUUUGGAAAGUUCCUAAGGAGCAACAUACGAUUGAGUAUUGCGAUGGGAUUUACCAUAAAAUCCUUGGGAAGGAUGGACAUGGGUAUUACAAGACCUAUGGGAGAGGAGUGCCCUGGAGUGCGGUGUAUGCGCGAGGAAGCGGCCCAUCCCAAUCAUUAUCAGCCCCUUCAUUUAUUGAUGAGAUCACACAGCGUGUGACACAAGACGUUGAGUCUAGGUUCACUACGAUGAUCAAGAACCUAACGGCACGUGUUUUGUUCUUAGAGUCACAGGGUAUGGCUGGGAGUAUGAGCUUGAGAGAGGUGCAAUACUUACAAAUUGACGAAUUUUACGUUUUAUCAAUUUGCAUAUAUACAUAUGGAAAUUAUUAACACAUUAUACUAACAUAUUGUAGGUGUCAGAUGCAUCUAGUGGGCAGCAAGCUUCAAAAGAAAAUGAAUAGGUAUGCCACUCUACUAUAUUUCUGCAUGUAUUUAUGAUAUUUGCUGU